GAAGCUAAUAUAAGCGGAACAUAUGGCACAGCAUCCAUAGUCAGUCUUUCGGUGUUCGUAUUAUUCGCUCGACUUUUACGUUCGUUUCUUGCUCGAUAAUUCAAAAUGUAUCGCGUGGUCAUAUUAUUUAUCAUAGCUGUUACAGUAGUCACAGCCGAGGAACUGGUUGCUGUCGUUCAUCUGAUCCCUCACAAUUCAUCCGUGAGAAAUAUUACAGGAGAUAUCAUGAUUACUCAAUCUUUGCCGAAUGGACCAGUUAAAUUAAGCGGUCAAGUGAACGGUCUGACGGAAGGACUUCAUGGUUUUCAUGUUCAUGAAAAAGGAAAUAUACAGGAAGGGUGUUUAUCGACUGGUGCUCAUUUUAAUCCUGAAAAUAACGUUCAUGGUGCUCCGGAGAACGCAGUUAGACAUGUUGGUGACUUGGGUAAUAUCAGAGCCGAUGCCAAUGGAGAAGCGGUCAUCGAUAUCACCGACACGAUUAUCUCUCUCACUGGACCUAAUAGUAUUGUGGGUCGUGCUAUCGUAAUACACUCUGAUGAAGAUGAUUUGGGUAAAGGCAACAGCACUUUAUCCCUUUCGACAGGAAACGCGGGAGAUCGUUGGGCCUGUGGAAUUAUUGGAAUUCACUUACACCAGUGUGAUUUUACGAAAACGUAUACGAAUACGUAAUAAAAAUAUAUGAAAUAUAUAAUCCUGAUCGAUAGGAUUCGUUUAAAAAAAUUUUAUUAUGUAAAUUACAGCUAAAAUUGUGGCGUUCAUCGAUUGAGAAUGGCGAAAGGACAACUUCCAAUGGGGGAAUGAGAUAUCGACACGCUAGUAGAAUAGCUUCGAGAUUAGUAAUGCGUCUUAAUUAGGAUAUUGCGAUUCUUUUUGGUUCGUUCAUUCCUAAUACAUAAGUCGAUAUUUUUUAUUUGUCUCUAUAUACUCAACGUAAAUUCUCAAUAAAUUUUGUUUUGAUAUUAAUCGUUUAACGUAGACUACGAAGAAAAGGAGAUAUCUAAGGUAACACGAGCGAUGAAUAAUCUGAAACUUAUGAUAUUAUUUUGUAUUAAGUUGGCCUUUUAAAGUGUUAUCUUUAUCAUAAAUAGUUUAGUGUCUUGUUUACCUUUUAUAUGUAAAUUGGUAAUACGUAUAAAAAUAUCUGUUGUUUUCUCUUGCUUCAUAUAUCCUCUCGUCCUAUUUCCCAUGAUGCUUAUGUGUCCGAUGUCAUUUUUCUUAGAUGUGAAUUAUUAAACCAGCGCUAUAAAAUAAGAAUACAUUUAAUCUUGUGUAUACAUUAUCGAAAUUUAUAUGUACAUAUAUGUGUAUUAAGUU